AGCCUGUGGCCCCCACAUUGGUAGAGAGCCUGGAGAAUCAAACAGCAAACAUUGGUGAAACCAUAGAAGUAUCAUGCCCAGCAAAUGGAAUUCCUCCUCCACACAUCACAUGGUUUAAAAACAAUGAAACCCUUGUUGAAGACUCAGGUAUUGUUGUGAAGGAUGGGAACAAAACUCUAACCAUACGCAGGAUAAGGAAAGAAGAUGGAGGUCUCUACACCUGCCUUGCCUGCAAUGUCCUUGGAUGCAAAAAAGCAGUAACUUUUUUUGCAGUAGAAGGCGCCGAAGAGAAAAUGAACCUGGAGCUCAUUAUCCUGGUUGGGACUGCAGUGAUUGCCAUGUUCUUCUGGUUGCUUCUUGUAAUCAUUCUCCGGACCGUUAAACGGGCCAGUGGAGGGGAACUAAAGACUGGCUACUUGUCAAUCAUCAUGGAUCCUGAUGAAGUCCCUAUGGAUGAGCAGUGUGAACGUCUCCCCUAUGAUGCCAGCAAGUGGGAGUUUCCUAGAGACCGGCUAAAGCUAGGUAAACCCCUGGGGCGUGGAGCAUUUGGCCAAGUCAUAGAAGCAGAUGCAUUUGGAAUUGACAAAACUGCUACCUGCAAAACUGUUGCAGUAAAAAUGCUGAAAGAGGGUGCUACACAUAGUGAACACCGGGCACUUAUGUCAGAGCUCAAGAUCCUCAUUCAUAUUGGUCAUCAUCUAAAUGUUGUCAAUUUACUUGGUGCCUGCACAAAACCAGGAGGCCCACUUAUGGUGAUUGUGGAAUACUGCAAGUUUGGAAACUUGUCAACUUACUUAAGGAGCAAGAGAAGUGAAUUUGUUCCGUACAAGACUAAAAAUGCCAGAUUUAGGCAGGGAAAAGAAAACUACGUUGGUGAAAUCUCGGAGGACUUGAAGCGCCGCUUAGACAGUAUCACAAGCAGCCAGAGCUCGACGAGCUCGGGCUUUGUGGAGGAGAGAUCCCUUAGUGACGUAGAGGAAGAAGAAGCAGCUUCUGAAGACCUUUGCAAGAACUCUCUGAGCAUGGAGGACCUUAUCUGUUAUAGCUUCCAGGUGGCCAGGGGGAUGGAAUUCUUGGCUUCACGCAAAUGCAUCCAUAGGGACCUGGCUGCUCGUAAUAUCCUCUUAUCACAGAAUAACGUGGUCAAAAUCUGUGAUUUUGGCUUGGCGCGAGACAUCUACAAAGACCCAGAUUAUGUCAGGAAAGGAGAUGCCAGAUUACCCCUAAAAUGGAUGGCACCAGAAACCAUUUUUGACAGAGUAUAUACCAUUCAGAGUGACGUAUGGUCCUUUGGCAUUCUGCUAUGGGAGAUAUUUUCAUUAGGAGCUUCACCAUAUCCUGGUGUAAAAAUUGAUGAGGAGUUUUGUAGAAGACUGAAAGAAGGAACAAGGAUGAGAGCACCAGACUAUACAACACCAGAAAUAUAUCAGACAAUGCUGGACUGCUGGCAUGGAGAACCUAAGCAAAGACCUACUUUUUCUGAAUUAGUGGAGCACCUGGGAAACUUACUGCAAGCCAAUGUUCGUCAGGAUGGUAAAGAUUACAUUGUCCUUCCUCUAACGGUAUCACUGAACAUGGAUGAGGAUUCUGGACUCUCUUUGCCAACCUCACCUGUUUCCUGUAUGGCGGAAGAGGAAGUCUGCGAUCCUAAAUUCCAUUAUGACAACACAGCAGGAAUUAGUCCGUACCGACAAGGUAGUAAAAGAAAAAGCCGACCUGUGAGUGUGAAAACAUUUGAAGAUGUGCCCUUGGUACCUGCUGUAAAAGUUGUUCAAGAUGACAAUCAGACAGACAGUGGGAUGGUUCUUGCAUCUGAAGAGCUGAAGACACUGGAAGACAGAGCUCAGCAAGUGACAGUUCCCUUUAGUGUGCUGGUGCCCAGUAAAAGUAAUGAAUCUGUCAUGUCUGAAGCCUCAAACCAGACGAGUGGCUACCAGUCAGGAUAUCAUUCUGAUGACAUGGACACCACAGUUUACUCUAGUGAAGAGACAGAACUAUUGAGCAUCAGAGAGGACACACCUCAAACGUGCUGCACACAGACACUUACCUACGACACCGGUGUUCCACUCAGCUCACCUACUGUUUAGAACAAAACAAACAACAGGAAAUCAUAUGGAACGUUCCUGUAUUUCUUAGACUGGUUGUAUUCAGGGCUUAUGCACAGGACACCUGCUUUCACAAGAAGGACACGAGAAUCACGUAGCAAAUUGAGCAGUGAUGAGCCACAAGACGCUUGUUCAAGAGACAUCAGUAGCUCAUGAUAAGUUGCAGAGUGCUAUCAUUGCCGUGAACAUAUGUAUUUUGUUUCUCUGAUUACAAAGUCGGGAUGUGGACUUUGAGACCCAAAUGAAACACAUGUUGACACUAAGUGUCUAUCCAAUAGUGUAAAGACUACAUGCAAUGGUAUAGCAUUCAGCAGGGCACUUUGUGCUUCCAAUUAUAUGAAAUAAAGCUCCAGCCAUGCCUUUUGUUUCUUCUUGCGGCUGGGCUCCAGGAAGGAAAUAUCACUGUGCUGGUUUCUUGUUUCAGAAUUAUUUUUUACUCAGAUCUCUACAAAAAAAAACCCAACAACCUUCCGAUUUAAGCUAAUUGAAGGUUUCUGACUAAAUAUAGACUGAAUUAAACAAAGACAAGGUUGACAGUUGCUCUCCUUGACAGAAAACACAUUUGCCUUGGUAAGACCUGGUGAGCUGAAUUUUUCUGGGUAAGAGUUUCCCAGUGAAGUCAGUAAAUUUGGAUCUGAUCCAACAACUGCCUAAAGUAUAUGCAAAUAAUUCUCAUGGACUUUAAUAGACAAUGGAUCAGGCCCUGUAACAGGUAGAAAUGAAAGUAGAAGUUACCUAAGGCUAAUAGGGAUCUAUAACUUAUUUUUAAACUCUUUUUCCUCCCAUAGAAGGUCAAAUUCUGUGCUGGUAUAAACUGACACAGCUCCAAUGUACAGCAGUUGAGAAUUUGACCCAUAAACUCUUGAGUAUCAAUGAUUUAUUACAUGGCAGCUCAAAUGUCUAUGAGUGGUGAUUUUUCAACAUAAUUAAUUGUUGGAGAGGCUUUUAACUGUGUUCGUGUAGCCCAGAGCUGUAACGAUAACACUGUAUAUGUACAAGAUUUUUAAAAUGUACAGCUAUUUCUACUGAGUUUCUUUAUGUAUUUUAUUUUUUUUAAGGUUGUUUUGUACUAUAAUGUCAAAAGCUGGGAACCACAAGUAUAAGGCAGAUAUGGCACAUAUAAUAUUUAUAGCCUGUUUUUAUGUAGAAAUAAAUAUAAUAUAUUAAAAUAUAAAUAUAUAUAUUAUAUAUAUAUAUAUAUAUACUGAACAUUGUACUAUUCACAUUUUGUAUCAGUAUUUUGUAGCAUUACAAGGGUCACAAAGUUUUUUAUAAUAGCUGAAGCAUCUCACUUUAUUAAAAGGGAUUGGAAAACAUAAAAGACAAGGGGACUUUGAGUAGAUCUCUUUUCUCCUCUUCAUGUUCUUAUAUUCUGCCCCUCAUCACACUAGCUGAAUGCUGCCAGUUAGUUCUACUACAGAAGAGCAAAUCAUGGGGAAACAACAGUAAGCUUACUUGUGUUUUACUACAAGUAAACAUAGAUAAAGGUAUAGUCUAUGUGUCUAGCCAUUUAUCUAUGCACCACUAUUGUGUAUAAAUGUUUGAGUGCAUACUGCUGAUAGUAAAAUAUUGGCUAUGCUAAUAACUGGAAAAACAAUAGCGUUCAAUGGAAUUGUCAGUGGAACAGAAUAUUAGCACCUACAGAGUCUUCUGAGAAACUUUCCUUGCAGUUGGGAGGGGAAAUAGAAGUCUAAGCAGACAAAUUAAUGUUCCAUAUAAAUGCUGUUUGUAAUAAACUGCAUUUUCAUGCAAGGUGUUUGAAGCUUUCCACACAUUUCUCCCACAAAUGGAGUACUGUAGUGUUCUCAUAUUUUCUUUUACCUGUGUGCUCACAAAAUGGAAGAAGCAGGCACAGAGGAAGGACUGGGUGUGGAGGGGGCUGUGCCCACUCAGACCAAAGCAGAGCUUGUAUGGUUGGUCUAAUUUUACUCUGAGGAGAGGAUAUGUUCUUUAAUGUAGCCCACUUUCUCCCAUGGUGUCAUAUUCCUGUUUUUUCCAUGUUGCUUUCUACAUCUAGAAUGUUGUCCCCAUUCUUGUGCACCAAGCAUCUCC